AUGGGCUCGGCGGCUACCAAAGAAGAUAAGAAUCAGCCAAGUUCUCCAGGGAAGGUUGCUGUCGUCGGUGCCAGUGUAAGUGGGCUGGCUGCUGCGUACAAGUUGAGAUCGCGUGGCUAUGAUGUUACUGUGUUUGAAGCUGAAGGGAGUGCUGGAGGGAAGCUGAGAAGCGUUUCUCGUGAUGGUUUGGUUUGGGAUGAGGGGGCCAAUACCAUGACUGAGAGCGAGGUGGAAGUCACGGCAUUGCUUGAUGAACUCGGGCUUCGAGAGAAGCAACAGUUUCCAAUUUCACAGAACAAACGGUAUAUUGUAAGAAACGGGGUUCCAGUGAUGAUUCCUACAAAUCCACUUGCGUUGAUCACGAGUAACAUCCUGUCCACAAAAUCAAAGAUUCAGAUAAUCCUGGAGCCUUUUUUGUGGAAGAAAAAUGAACCUUCAAAAGUCUGUGAUGCUUAUGCAGCAGAAAGUGUGGGAGAGUUCUUUGGGCGACAUUUUGGAGAAGAGGUCGUUAACUAUCUGAUUGACCCUAUGGUUGCUGGGACAAGUGGAGGAGAUCCUGAAUCUCUUUCUGCGCAGCAUUCUUUUCCCGAGCUGUGGAAUCUUGAAAAUCGGUUUGGCUCUAUAAUAGCUGGAACGAUCCAGGCAAAGUGGUCCGCUAAAAAGAAUAAGGGUGGAGAAACCAAGGGUUCUGGGAGGAAAAUACAACGUGGUUCAUUUUCCUUUAUUGGUGGAAUGCAGACACUUACUGAUAGACUAUGCAAGGAGAUUGAGAAGGAUGAGCUUAAACUAGGAUCAAAAGUUUUGUCACUUGCUUACAAUUGUGACGCCAAAUCAACCCCAGCCAACUGGUCAAUUUCAUAUGCAUCUAAUAGCGACAAGCCGUCACACUGUUCAUCCUACAAUGCUGUCGUCAUGACGGCACCACUGGACAAUCUGACGGAAAUAAAGAUUACAAAAAGUAAAGAAAUCUUUCCACUGGACUUUCUUCCCAAGGUCCAGUACAUGCCACUCUCAGUGUUAAUUACUACUUUUAAGAAAGAGAAUGUUAGGAGGCCGCUUGAAGGAUUUGGGGUUCUUAUCCCCUCAAAGGAGCAACAAAAUGGUCUAAAGACCCUUGGUACUCUCUUUUCCUCUAUGAUGUUUCCAGACCGUGCACCAGAUGACCAAUAUCUCUACACAACCUUUGUUGGUGGAAGUAGAAACAAGGAACUGGCAAAAGCUUCAACGAAUGAUCUGAAACAGAUAGUUACAUCUGAUCUAAGGCAGCUGUUAGGAGUGGAAGGAGAGCCCACCUUUGUCAAUCAUUUUUACUGGAGCAAAGCAUUUCCCCUUUACGGGCGGGACUAUCAAUCCGUACUAGAAGCAAUAGACAAAAUGGAGAAAAAUCUCCCGGGAUUCUUCUAUGCAGGUAACCAUAAAGGUGGACUGUCUGUUGGCAAAUCAAUAGCCUCUGGUUGCAAGGCAGCUGAUCUUGUAAUCUCCUAUCUGGAUUCUUCUUCUGACAACAUGAAGCCAAAUUAA